UAUCGCCGAGAUAACUUAUUAUAAAUACACAACCACGACACUCUGCCUUGCGGGGUCGUGGACAACGAGCUAAUAGACGCGACAUUCUGCCUUGCGGGGUCGCGAUCUACCCAUUGUAACUGAAUACAAGAAUAAAAGUGUUCAAGACAAAUAACGGUGUAUGUGACGAAAUACCUUCCUCGCGAGAUCUCUGGCAGCGAUCCCAAAUCGUACUCACAACGAGGGAUACAACAUUAUCGUACGGAGCGCCGAAUCGUCGGCAGCUGAUAAAUUUAUUCGACAGCUCUUGGAAUAGUUAUAAACAAAAAUCGCUGACCAUAUCCAAUAGCGGCUUGUUAUAAACAAAUUUUUUAUCGCGGCAAGGAGCGCCGAAUCGUUGAUAGCUUAAAUUUCUAGAUAAUGAAUCGGUAGUGAGCGCGUUAAAAUUAGAUAUUUGUGGAGGGUAUAAAAAUUAGAUAUUUUGUGGGGAGGGAUAAAAAAAAGGAUAUUUCGUGGAGGAGAUAAUAAUAUAAAAAAGAGCUCCCGACAACGUUAUUGCAUCAGUCAAAUAGUGGAACACGAACGGUAAAGCUUCGUCUACGUUACCGCAGCAGUUGAUUAGUGGAAGUCAGAUUGUAAAGCUUCUGAAGAAAGAACCGUACGAGAUGAACUAUUACGUUCCGAUCCAACAGAAUGACGGGUGCGAUAAAUCAACAUUAUCGCAGCCACGCUAUACUCCUCGCAUCCUGGGAAGGCGAUUUGCUUUAACCGCCACUGCCUACAAAUAUUUGGAUAUCGGAGUCAGUAUGGGACGUGAACCUUUUGUGGAGAUGAUUCUUGGCGACAACAAAAGCAAUCAGAUACCGCUGUCACGUGAUACCUGGGUAAUAAUGAUUGAGAAACGUAUGGAUAUCGAGAGACUCCUGCAGACAACCACCGCUACAUCAUUGUGGAUUAAUGAUCUUUUCAUCGAACUCGUCAAAACGUAAUAAGAGUGUCAUAAAAUUUACAUUAAAUAACAAAGCUUUGUAUAUGAAACCAUUGACUGUGCCAUUUUUAUUAAAUCUUGAAGAUGUUAUCAAUAAUGUCUACUUUAAGUUGUGGGAUGAUAUGCACGUAG